GAACGGAAGAUCAGUCGUUGAAAACUUGAAAAGAAUCGCAUCGCGCUCUAUGGCCGUUUGAAAUUCCCGCCAGAAUCGCGCGCCGCUAAAAUCAAUGCGAAGGCGUUCGGCGACAAGCCGUGCAGUGGAACAUCGCCUGCAAGCGAGGAGGCAGGACCUCCAUUGGAGCCUUGCACCUCUCUAUUUUCGUAAAGAAUAUUCGAACGCAUUAACCGAAAGGAGAAAGUUAUGUGAAUAAGUAAAAUUCGGAGGUGACAAGCGGCAUAAACAAGACAGAAAUAUGCCGUCGCAGGACGAUAUGGACCUCUGCACCGACAAAGUUCUGUCGAAAGACCGAAUCCUGCAGGAGCUGACCAAGGCUGUCAAACUGGUAUACGCUCAGAGCCUGCACGGUACGGUGGUCCUGGACGGUGAUUCCUGGUUGGUUUAUUGGUUAGACCGGGCCUUGAGACACGGAUUGCGUGUAGAAAGGCACGGAUAUUGGGGAACAGCAAGGGAACUAAGUCACCAAGACACCGUUGUGGUGAUACAUGCGUUGCAAAGCGUACUAACUUCCAUUGGAAAAGGUAGAGCCUGGCUGUACCACACUCUGAGUGAAGGAAGUUUUGAGAGUUACUUAGCCUGCCUUCUGAGAGACGUUAAAACGCUCCAGAAACAGUAUUUCACCCACGCCUUGGUUCGGGAUGUCGAUAAAACAAUACAGCUUGUGAAUCUUCUAGCUGGUCUUGAAAAUGUGUCGUUCACAUUGCAAUUGGAUGUCACAUAUUUGGAUAUCUGUAACUAUAUGCCCCAGCGGCCUAUGAGUGGCUCUCCUUCUGGAACUGCGUUAUCUCUGCAUCUUCGAUCAUCGAGCGUAUCUUCAAGUCUUGCUUCUCCAGGAGACAGCGGUGUUGCUUUCGAUAGUGACAUGGAUCUGGCUAACGAAACUGAUGUUAGUAGUUACAAGGAGGAGGAUUCUUCCGUCGAAGAUGUUCCAAAGUAUCGUCACAACAAUUGUAAAGUCUUUCCAAGUAAUUGCGACCAUGAUAAUAAAACAAUGAAGCGAACGUCUUCCUCAAGCGAUUCAAGCGAGGAUGGUAAAACUCCUAUUCAGUGCCCAACGAUGGUGACGAAAUUUCAAAAAGGCAUAAUGACGAAAAGUGACAUAGCUAAUCGGAAUAUGAAUAAACUCGAAGAAAGCGAACUAAACUGCUCCAGUCUAGAUACUCUGAAGGAUUUCAGUUUCUACAGCAAAAGUCUGGAUGAUUCAAAGCUUGACAAAGUAGUGAAUAACGAGUUUGAAAACAGCGCCAAAGAUCUUAACAAAAGAUACAGCCUUUAUGGAGACGGCAGCUACUGUUUCAAGAAAAAUAUAGAUCCUCGAAACUCGUACGUCAUAAACAAUGACACUAAUCUCUUGGAGCUGAGCAUGACUAUAUCGGACUGUGACAAUACGGAAGCACCUUACAGCAUUCUUAACACAAUAAACAUGACCGAUAGCAGCAUAAUGUCGUCAUCUGGAUCGGAUCCUGUGGUGCAACGAAGGCAGCGCAAAAAGAAGCGCAGCGAUACUAAAAAACGGGUUAGCUUUCACGAAGAUAUACUAAAGACUAUGAAGCUGGAAGAUGACGAAAACUAUGCAGAUUUUUCGAUGAGCUUUUUGCCACCUAAUUCCGUGCAGAAAAGAGACGUGCAAAAAGGUCGGUACAGCUGGUGCGGUCACGGAGACUCGCCUUACGUGCAAAAAAACAUUAUCACACGAAAUGCUAAUUCGGAUUAUUAUUCGUCGGCGUCGUCUUUGAGCACCUUUGAAAAUGAUAGUGAAAAGAAAUUGUUUCCACCAAAGAUGUGCAGCGAAGCUACCUGCCAAAAGAAUUCCAAGUGCAGUUGUGACUUAUCCUUGAUCGAACGUGGAGCACCAGAGGGUCAAGAAGAUCCGGGAAAAAAUUUUAGACCAAAGAUAGAGAUUGAACUCGAAGAAAACGAAGCACAGGAGGCUUACAUAGCUGAGACCCAAUGCGGCAACAUCAUUGAGGACGCUCUGUCGAAGGUUGAGAUGGAGAAUAAGCUGAAUCAGAAAAAGUAUGCAGGGUCCAGUGAUUGGUCCGACUUGGACAGUACGACGACAUCUACGGAUAUCGACGAUCGUAGAAAUAGCAGGCAUCUUUCGUCUCCAUUGAAAAAACGUAACGUCACUGCGAUACUAUCGGGAGAUGCCAACAAAUUGGUAACGUCGCAGCCCCUGCGUCAAGCACCGUCGAAAAGCUCACUGCUCAGCAGAUUUUUGAGAUCUGUUACCGAGCGUAAAUUUGAAUCAAAGAAAGUUAAGAAGCCGCCAAAGACAAAUCCGCUCUACAUCAAAGGGGUGAAAGCUAAUCAAGAUUCAGUUAAAGAUUUUAAUGAUAAUCUUGAGAAAGAGAUUCAGGAGAACAUUGCAGCUGAAAAGCAGGAGUUUAGUGGCGAGAAAAUAGGGCUGAAACUCAGAGAAACUUUCAAGCGGCAUAUAUACAGAGACAAAACUGAAGAACUCUACAAGGUCUACAAAGUGAGAAGUUCUUAUAUGACCAACGGGGAGAGUAAAGCUAUGCUGGCAUUGCUCACGGAUAAAACACUGUAUUUGACUGGAUCAAAACUGGAUCAUUCUUACAGCAAUCAAUUUGUUAUUCCAUAUAAUGAGCUCGAUGUAAUUAUGAUUGGACCAAACGCACAAACGAUACUGAUAUCGAACGCCGAUUACGAAAUGCAGUACUUGUUUUCAACUGGCAGCUCACAAACUACGUCUGAACUAGUCGCACAUUUAGAAAUGGCCAUGCGUCGUUCACCGUCUAAACCCCAGCUACCGGCUGUCAAGGAGCUGAGAUAUGAGGACAUGCAUACUCUACGGCAUGCAGUCCUUGAAGAGACAGCUGUACAUCCUGAUGAGAAAAUCGAACACUACAGUCUCAUAUACAUGGAAGAUGAACAUAUGUCACCUCCGAGUACGCCUUGCGGUCCGAUGAAGGAAGGUCACCUGAUGUUCAGACCCCAUACCUAUCAACCGAUGUAUCCCAAUGCUCCGACUAACCCCUGGGAAGCUGGAUACUUCGUUUUAAAGGGUGGAGUGGUCUACAUGUUUACUGACUCAAAUCAACGACUUCCAAAACGCGCAAUCCCACUGAAAGGUGGCCUGUGUCAAGGGUGCAGAAGAAUUCCAAACUCGCACAGGCCUCACACGUUUGAAAUACUUCUCAAACCAAACAAAUCUUUUCAAUUCGCCGCACCCGACGAAUACGUUGCCUCGGAAUGGCUUCAAAGUUUCGUACAAAGUGCCUCGGGUCUUUUCGACAGUUCGGAAAAGAAGGAACCCCUACCGUGCAGCCUAGUAGCUACGACAGGGCAUUUAAUCGCGAUGAAGGAAGCCUUUCCUGGUACUCAGAGAGGGCAGACCCUCUCGUGUGCCUGCGUGCAAGAUCUGACAGCGUUUCGCGUUCCGUUAGCUCAACAGUCGUGGUGCAUUCUGGAAUUUGCCUGCAGAGAAGUUCACGAAAGCAGUGGCGAUUGGGUUAUCUAUUUUACCAAUUAUACAGAACUGUGCACUUUUCGAGAAGUACUUCAAACCCUUUGGGCAGAUGCAAAUAUGGGUGACUUUCCAAUGGUUACACUUCCACCACAAGAUAAACUUCAUCGCCGUUGCUCAGACGCGAGUAAAGACCUCGAGCUUGCUUGGCAACACCUGCUACCAAUGGUAACCGAGUAGCGGGUAGAUGUACUCCGAAGUAAGAAUAUUUAACAAACCACGAUAUUUCAGAAUCAUACAAUUCUGCAAUUGCUUUUACGGAUUUACAUUGAUGAUCAGAGUAUUCGAUACAACGCACGAAACACGCGUGAAAAAACUCGGUUUGUCAAUA